AUGUCAUCGGAUACUAUGGUAAUAUUUCCAACACUACCCGAGAAAGUAGAUGUACCGAAAUGGGAUCUGCAAGCCUUGGAGUUGCCUAUGAAUAUAGGACUCGGUGCAGGUGGUGUUGAUAAUCAAGGAUUUGGAUUUGUGCUUAUUGAUGGCCCUAGUAGUGUGGUGACUACUAUGAGCAAACGAGAUGGCUCGGAUUAUGUUUUUUUGGGCUGUCCCGUAGGGAAAAGCCGACGAAACGUGCGGAUUUUCUGUAAUUCUAAUAGUCUCCCAUCUAACUGUCAUGAAUUACUCGAAGGUGAAGUCGAUGGAACCAUUAUCAAGCUACCAGAAGGCUGUGGUUCGGGAACAUAUGCUGUUGCUCACAGCCUGUCCUUAUCCGAUAAUCAGAAGCUUCCUUCAAUCUAUACAGGCGCAGCGAAUCGGACAGUAUCAGAUCUAGAAAUCAGCUAUGACUUCGGUCUUGUUAAAAGAGAUGCUGGGGAUGUCUACAUACGUAUUGACUACAGCAAUCUCUAA